UUUUAAAGGCAAAAUUGAACAGAAAAAAAUAAAACCGCAAGCAUCAUCUAGAUUCUAGACCCUUCACCAACUCCAUCGGGCGUGCCUUCUCUUUUGAAUAAUUAGAUUCUGAGAAAUAAAAUCUCUCAAAAAAUAUUCGUCAUUCUCUGACAAUCCCAACAUACAAUUUACCAAAAAUUGAAGGUACAAGGUCUGAAUCAGGCUCAGGGGUCAUCUGGAGUUAGGGAGCUGGGCGGCAUCAGGCAUCAGGCCAAUGGCGGAGACUCAAGAGAAUUUAAGGUUGUCUUCUUCUGCUUCUUCAAGUUCAAGUGAACUUUCUGUGAAGUUUGAGCGCGGAAUUGGCUUUGUAAGUAGCAGCGAAGUUAAAGAAGUGGAUGGCAGAGAGACGAGUGCGAGUGGCAGUUCCGUAAAUAAUGGACAUGCAGAGUCUUCGGGAAAUUCUGGGAAAAGUCUUCCUAAGGUAAAGAGUCCUCAGAUGGAGUUGUCAAGCGCUGAGAAACAGGAGCAAGUUUCAAGUCCGCUUAAGCUGGAAAGAGCAAAAACUGAGAGUCACAGAUCUCGUAGUAUUCUUGCUGAACAGGCAGCCCAAAUUUUUGACAACAAGAUUUCUGUCAAGCAGAAGAUUAAAUUGUUGAACAGAAUAGCUACUGUGAAAGAUGAUGGAACUGUAGAAUUCGAAGUUACUGGAGAUGUUGAACCUGAUGAUCUUGGUGCUGCGUCUGAAAAUUUAUGUUGUGAAGUUGUUAAUGAAGAGCCCCUUGAUUUACAAGACCAUCUAUAUGUACCACCAUUGCAAAUAGUAAUACUAAUAGUUGGCACUCGUGGUGAUGUACAACCAUUUAUUGCAAUUGGCAAACGUCUGCAGGACUAUGGUCAUCGUGUUAGAUUAGCUACUCAUUCAAAUUUCAAAGAUUUUGUCUUGACUGCUGGGUUGGAGUUCUAUCCUUUAGGUGGAGAUCCAAAAGUUCUUGCCGGUUAUAUGGUUAAAAACAAGGGCUUCUUGCCAUCAGGCCCUUCCGAGAUACCCGUUCAACGAAAUCAGAUGAAGGAAAUCAUUAACUCUUUACUUCCAGCUUGCAAAGAGCCUGAUUUAGAUUCUGGUAUUCCCUUUAAGGCGGAUGCAAUCAUUGCUAAUCCCCCAGCAUACGGGCACACCCAUGUUGCAGAGGCACUAAAAGUACCCAUUCAUAUAUUUUUCACAAUGCCAUGGACGCCAACCAGUGAGUUUCCGCAUCCUUUGUCCCGUGUCAAGCAGUCAGCUGGAUAUCGACUAUCAUAUCAAAUUGUUGACUCAAUGAUUUGGCUUGGAAUUCGGGACAUGAUAAAUGAUGUUAGGAAAAAAAAGCUGAAGCUACGGCCUGUCACUUAUUUGAGCGGUUCCCAGGGUUCCGAUUCUAAUAUUCCGCAUGGAUAUAUAUGGAGUCCUCACCUUGUUCCUAAACCAAAAGACUGGGGGCCAAAAGUUGAUGUGGUUGGAUUUUGCUUCCUUGAUCUUGCAUCAAAUUAUGAACCUCCAGAAUCACUUGUAAAAUGGCUUGAUGCUGGUACAAAGCCUAUUUAUAUUGGAUUCGGUAGCCUUCCAGUUCAAGAGCCGGAGAAAAUGACCCAAAUAAUUGUGGAAGCACUGGAAAUAACUGAACAGAGGGGUAUCAUUAACAAAGGCUGGGGUGGCCUUGGCAACUUGGCAGAACCAAAGGACUUUGUCUACUUGUUGGACAAUUGCCCCCAUGACUGGCUAUUUUUACAAUGCAAGGCUGUGGUUCAUCAUGGUGGUGCUGGAACAACUGCUGCGGGUCUUAAAGCAGCGUGCCCGACAACCAUUGUACCUUUCUUUGGUGACCAACCUUUCUGGGGAGAGCGAGUACAUGCCAGGGGAGUAGGUCCCCCACCCAUCCCAGUUGAAGAGUUCUCACUUGCUAAGUUGGUUCAUGCAAUAAAAUUCAUGCUAGAUCCAGAGGUGAAGGAGCGUGCAGUUGAACUGGGAAAGGCCAUGGAGAAAGAGGAUGGAGUAACUGGAGCGGUAAGAGCAUUUUUUAAGCAUUAUCCUCGUUCGAAGGGUCAGACUAAACCUGAGAUGAAGGUUGAGGCAGAGCCAUCGUCGGAACCAUCAAGUCUUUUCUCCAUUAGUAGAUGUUUUGGUUGUUAUUGAGUCUCAUAAAUGCAUACUCCAGCCUUACAUCAUUUACACACUGUACACCUGUCGUGUAUCACAAUAAGAUAAAUGCCCACAACAGUGAUUUUUACUCCCUACCUCUUCUUGUGAAUCCUUUGUCAUACGUUCAUAUCAUGUCCCUGCUCGCAGAAUUGAAAGUCAACAUUCAUUCA